AUGAGUGCUUCCUUACUGUCACCUUCGCUUCCUGCCAAACCACCAGUUUCGGUAUCUGAUAGUAUCGACAAUACCAGUCAGAAGAUCGGCAACGGCAAUAGCCACGAUUCCGUGCAAGAACGAGACAAUGAGAACCAAGCUUCGAGUGUGGGUCUAAGUGAUCAAAGCAACGACGACCAGGACGGGACAGCACAACCGCCUCUACCGGACGAAGCACCACCACCUCUCCCCAAUGAAGAGCCUGCUGUGCCGACAGGAGACGACGGGUGGGAGCCUGUAUGGGACGAGAACGCACAAGCUUUCUAUUUCUACAACAGGCGGAGCCAUGUAACACAGUGGGCGAAUCCGCGACUUCCAGCGGUUGAGACGACAGGCACAGCUACAGUGAAGGAUACUGGUCCGCCUGGCGCUCCCACACAACCUGCCAAUCGAAAAAAGAUAGCAGGCGGAUAUGAUCCUGCAAUACACGGCGACUACGACCCAAAUGCGGAUUAUGCUAAAAAGUACGAGCCGGGGAACCUCGAUUCUGAAAUGGAACAGAGUGCUACAGUUGACCCAGCAGCAGCCUAUGCAGCAACAGGUGCCUUCAACAGAUUCACAGGGAAAUGGCAGAGUGCAGAAAUUACAGCUGAAAAGUUUAACGACGAGAACAAGAGUAAGAGGCAGAUGAACGCGUUUUUCGACGUGGAUGCCGCAGCAAAUUCACACGACGGGAGAAGUUUGAAGGCCGAGCGGUCGAACAAGAAGAUAUCAAAGGAGCAGCUGAAGGCGUAUCGUGACAAGAGGAAGGAAAAGAAGGAGGAGAAGAGAAGAGCGUGGCUUCGAGAUUGA